AUGGCAAAUUCAUGGCGUCCACGCGUAACCGUUCAAUUUCAAGUCAACGGAAACGGGCAACAAAAACUUCGCAGCAGGCCGUUUCCUCUUCGGAUGCGAACGUUCAGCGACUCUGGGCCUUGGUCGCCUGUAGCUGGAGAGAUACGUGAGGGAUCGCACAUCAGGCACAAGUCAACUUCGACAGCAGCCGACGACUCGGAUCUCAGUCCAAAGAGUCGGAGGAUGCAUGAGCAUGCCAUUGAGAUCUCAACGGAGCCAAACAGUCCCACAGCCUCGUUCGAUGACAGUGCCAGCGAUGUAACCGCCUUGUCAAGCUCGCCUGCCACUCCUUUGACCAGCCUGGCCAGUGCACGAAACUCUUUGGAGAUGUCAAUUCCGGGCCCUCUUGCGUUUGAUUAUAGCAGGAUGGACUAUGAGCUCGAGCAGGCAACAUUCAUUGGCAAAGGGCUGUGGUCUAAUGUCUACCUGGCAGAACAGAAGGCGACGCAAUGUAUCGUAUCAAGCGAGUCUCCACCAUCCCCUUUGCGGUUCCGGCGACAGCCUAGAUCUGGAUCCGCGCUUUUUGCCAUCAAGACUCCAGCGCGUAAGGAUUCUGGACCAAUCUUCGGUCAAGAAGCCAAAGUCCUAGCACACCUGCAGGGGCGUUCGAUUUCGAGCCAGUUCAUUGUGGCCUUUUACGGGUUGGACGAUAGGAACGGCUCGCUCGUUUUCGAAGCUCUCAUAGGAGGGUCACUGGAGGGUUUGAAUGACCGUCUCAAGCAGAUGACAGAGGUCGCAAGGCAUCUCGAGCUGAUUGCCAUCUUUCCCGGCAUUGCCAUUGAUCUGGUCAACGGCUUGGAAUUCUUGCAUGCCAGUGGAGUUGUCCACGCAGACAUCAAACCCGGCAAUGUCCUUCUUGAUAUCUCAGAGCAUGCCACAGAGUCGAAGCCUGUCAUACGGGCGCGGUAUAUCGACUUCUCUGCAGCGUUUAUUCCGGGAGCAGGCGAUUCGGAAUCAAAUGCCGGAGGUACUUGGGAUUAUAUGGCUCCGGAGCAGAUGCGAAUCCAGAAGGACCUCAACACCCCGACCUUUGCCAGCGAUGUCUGGAGCCUAGGAAUCACGUUGUUGUGUAUGCUAGUCGGCGAUUCGCCGUACGCUGCAGCAUGUGGUGGAAACAACUUCAUGCUUCGGGAGGCCAUCAAAUCAGCAGACCCAAUAGGGUUUGCCAAAAUGGAUCCAGUGCCUCGUAAAAGACUCGCGGCUUGCCAGGAUUUCGUGGAUUGCUGCCGUUUGGCAUUGAAAAAGGAGAGGGGCAAUCGCACUACUGCUGCUGCGUGGAGCAGCUGGCUCGACGACUGGCAGCUUGACGGUUGA